GUGAUGACUGACAACUGAUAUCUGUUAUUAAUUUUUGAAUCCAUGAUUAUAAGCAGUAACAAGUAACAACAAACAGUGUACGUACAGUACAGUACACUGGCAGACUGGCUACACAAUAUGAAUACAUGAUAGUUUACAGUAUUUGGCUACACCCUACUUUUAUUCCAAACAGUUACCGUAAAACUAUAGUCAUUUCAAGCGAAAUACGCAAUCCAGUUGGAAGAAACAUAUUGUAUCACGACCAUGGAACCGGCAAGGAAACGAGAUGCACUAGCUGAGGCAUUCGACCCGAGCCGCACAGGUCCCGACGAUCUUGUCACGGAAAUGUUAAUUGAUGUUGAAUUUGUGGGCCGCAGUCUAGAAAUCACAGAUUUUCAUAAUAUCAAACAGUUAUUACAACAACUGUUCUUAAAAGCCCCAGUAAACCUGUCUGAUAUGACUUUGUUACUGAUUAAUCAGCACAAAAUUGGCUCAGUUAUUAUAAAGCAUGCUUCUGAUGCUUCUGAUGCUUCUGAUGAUGAUGAUGAUGAUGAUGAUGGUGAUGAUGGUAAUGAUUAUGACGCCAAUUAUUUUACUGAAAUACCUAUAGAUGACGGUUAUUAUAAUAUUUUUGCCAACAAAGUAUUUGGAAUAACUUCAGUUAUCAAUAUUACAGAGAAGACAAGCGAAUGUGUAAAAAAACUACACAAAUUAAUGUUGGACUUGAGUAACUAUCAUAGCGAUAGUGAUACAACACGAUUUGUCAACGGAUUGUUGAGUAAUAAUGAUAAUCAAGUUGGGCUUUUAAUAAACGAAAGAUACGUAAACAUUCCCGCGGCUAUUUCUGUGCCAUUAUUUCAAGCCCUUCGCAAGGAAAUGUUCAAGCUUAUCAAUAAGAAGCAAUCAUACAAUUUUGAUUAUCUUAUUAUGAUAUGCAAACUGUAUAAAGUGAUGAAAAAUAAGAAGGGGAAAAAAAGUUUUGAAGACUCAGAAAUAAUAUGGUCAAAUGGUGAAGAAGAGUUCUUUGACAAAGCAGCAGAUUACAAGUUUGAAUUUUGUGUACAAAUUGACAAGGGUUCUCGCUUGGCUGGCAACUGGGUUACAUCAGACCCUGGAAUGAUUCCUUUUAGACGUGUUCUGAUUUUCUCUAUGGAAAAAUUCUAUUCAAUAAUUAACCAACUUGAAUCUUUGAUAUCCCAAUAACUUUUUUACAUACUAUUAAUUGAUAUUAAAAAAAAAAACAUGAUUAUUACAGUAUCAAUGAAAAUAUGUUUGCUGUUUUAGUUCUGUCUCUAAAAACCUCUAUAAUAGUUUUUAAUCAUUAAAUAAUUGUACAAGUGGGCUGUUCUAUGUCAUGACUCAUGGCGAGUAUCCACAAAUGACAAAUAUUUUGCUAAGUUAUAUCAGUUUUUAUUUAAAUGUGUCAAUACGGGUUACAAAAAAAAAAAAAAAAAAAAAAUGGGCAUACAGCUGUUCUUUGGAACCUUCUUAAAAUACUAGUUUUUCUCAACAAAAUAAUAAGAUAAUAAAUUAUAUGA